AUGGCAUCUCCCUCGAGCUCACCCAGGCUUCCUAGCCCGCCGCCCAUCGCCGAAGACCAAAUCUCACCCAGCGCCGGCCUCGAUAGCGAAGACAAAAUGUUAGGAGCUUCACACAAGGCCGAUGUCGAUGCCUCGAGGAGGAUCAGGCCAGGCACCAGAGCUGAAGACAUGCAAGAGGGGCCUCCCCUGGUCGAGCUCCAACAAAUCGACUCAGCCUUCCAAUUGACCGAACACCUCAAAGCGCUGCACAACGAACACACGCAAUCAUGCCGCAUCGCCAUGGACAAAGCCACAGCACAAUCGCUGGCCCAACCACCGCCAGGAGUCGACCGUGGCAUCUGGUUGUACGAGCUGUGUCGCUUCCUCACACAAAAGGCAAACAUGAUGGCCACUGGCCUCUUCGCCGACGAUCCUCCUUGCUCGGCCACCACCUGUCCCGAGAUGCGCGCAAGCGAAUGGCAGUACCUCUGCGCCGCACACGAACCCCCCAAGUCAUGUUGCGCCAUUGACUACUGCUGCCAUACCCUCGACUGGUGUGCUACUGCUUUGACCUCGACUAAGCUCUUCCCGAGCAGACUUGGCUUGGGCACCGAGACGCUAUCCGCUCAGGCGCAAAUCAGAAAGAUGACCGAAGUGUUUCGUCGCGUUUACCGCAUCUUUGCACACGCUUGGUUUUCCCACAGAGCCGUCUUCUGGAACAUCGAGUCCAAGACAGGUCUGUAUCUCCUGUUCAAGACUGUUUGCGACGAAUACCGCCUGAUCCCCGAGGACAACUACACAAUCCCACCAGAGGCAGAAGGCAUUGAAACCACCCCUAUCGCUACUCGUUCUGCUCCUACAAUCCUACAGAGAGAUGCCCCGGAUGCAGAGUCCGCCGGAAACGCCACACUUGCUACUGGUAACACCACAAAAAGGCACAGACAUAACAUGAGCCACGAUCGAUCUGUAUCCGUCUCGACUGUCAUUCACGAGGAGGUCGAAGAGGACGAAGACAGCGAGCACCCGACUGGACAUGCUCCUCCCAUGCUCACACGGAUCGAGACUGCCCGACACGACGAAGAACCUUCCACCCAGCAAGGCCAGGAACAAGAGGAGGAGCAAGAACAAACCAUACCUGCUGGAGAUCCUCCACCAUAUACCGAAGACUCGGAGGUCGAGCAAGCCGAACAAUUUAGCCCCGACAGAGCAGCGCCUUCUGCUGACAAUCAUACCGAUGCCGGAGCUUCGUCAUCAGAAGCCAUGGCAGAGACCGGGACAGAAGAAGGCGAAACAACAAAUGAAUAUCCAUUGACUGACCCUCCUUCGUACGCCGAGAUAGCUUCAGCUGCUGAUGCCACCGAAGCACCAUCGAUGAAUACUGCUGCCACUGAUGCUACCCUGGACGAGGUCAACACCGCAGAAGUACCCUCGACAGCAGCCGAUGAACAAGACUCAAAGGAGACACCUGAGGAGACAUCAACGACAGUUUCAGAGGCGGAGGUAAAGACCACGCACACCGAGCCUGAAGUUGAGCCGGAGGACGGCAAGGCACAGGACGAGACAGCCCCGAAGCCUGCGGAAGUUGCGAAGGCUGAAGCAGCGGAUGCAGAAGAGGCAACCAAGACUGUUGCCGAUUGA